AUGAAGUUGAGCUUCAAGACAGCAGCCAUGUCUAAUAAGUACAAUUUGAAGUGGAACUCGCAUCAUGCAGAAACAUUUCUCAGCUUUGAAAAUCUCCGUCACCGGGAGAUGUUCGUGGACGUGACUCUGUCCUGCAAUGGGCAGUUUGUGAAAGCCCACAAGCUGGUCUUGUGCGCGGGAAGCGGAUACUUCGAGCGCGUCCUCGACAAGGAUGGACCUGUGAUCCCCAUCAUCCAUUUCUAUGGUGUGGAAAUGCAUCUGCUCAAGCUCCUGGUGGAGUUCAUGUACUGUGGAGAAGUGGAGGUUCCUGCCUCAGAUCUUGAGAAAUUCAUUGAAGUUGCUGAGAACCUGGAGGUGAAGGGAUUGAAGGGUGAGAAGUCUAAGAGAGAUAUGCACGGUGCUAGUGGAACUACCAUUCCGGUGUCUGACGUCGAGGAUGCCCUGGCCCACAAGCGGAAGAUUGCCUCCCAGGCCUGGCAGGGACUCGGGGAAUGCCACUACCCGCCUUCCAAGGUCUCACGAUCUCACGCUCCCAUGCCUCGAUCCAAGCCACGGUUCAUCGGACCGGAUCCCCAACGAUCUGGGGCAGCACCCUCCCCAUCUCAAGCUCAUCCUGAAGGAAAUGAGAGCACAUCAGCUGAUGGAGUGAUGAUAAAAAAUGAGUCAGAAGUAGAUGAAAUCGAUGAUGCCCAAGAUACAUUGGAUUCAACUUCCGUAGCUGCUGAAGAGGGUCAGUGGGAUGAGCACUCUCAGGCCUCUUAUUUUGCUGAGGGAAUGGAAGGAGAGCCUGAAAUGCCGGUGAAUAUCCCUCCAGAAGUUGACCCCCAGACUCUCGAGGUUGUUCAGAAGUAUGUCUGGUGUGGCUGGACACAAAGUGGGAUGAGACUCUUUUUCUGUGGCGCCUGCUAUUACAAGAGUUCACGCAAGGACAAUGCUGUGACUCACAGUCGUCAGCACACUCAGGAAAAGCCUUAC